UUCAUGUUGCUGAUGUGAGAAAUGACGAAAGUCUUACAUGUACAGUUCUACUAGUAAAUAAUAUUAUCAAUUUUAAGUCUAAAAGAUCUUCAUUUGAGCGGAAUCAUGCCGGUGUACACAAAAAAAACUGUCGAUCUCAUAUUUAAUGAAGAGGAUUUGCCAUAUGAAGAAGAGAUAUUACGAAAUCCUUUUUCAGUAAAACAUUGGUUACGAUACAUAGAGCAUAAAAAAGAUGCUCCCAAAAAUGCAGUUAACAUUAUUUACGAGAGAGCACUCAAGGAAUUACCUGGCAGCUACAAACUUUGGUACAAUUAUUUGAAACUCAGAAGAAGACAAGUGAAAGGACGUUGCAUUACAGACCCAUCUUACGAAGAUGUCAACAAUGCUUUUGAAAGAUCACUUGUUUUCAUGCACAAGAUGCCGAGGAUCUGGCUGGACUACUGUCAGUUUCUGGUGGACCAGUGUCUCAUCACUCGUACGAGGCAGGUGUUUGACCGAGCGUUACGAGCGCUGCCGAUCACUCAGCACCAUCGUAUCUGGCCGCUCUACCUUGCGUUCCUCAAGAGACACGACAUUCCAGAAACUGCCGUCCGAGUCUUCCGGCGGUACCUCAAGCUGUGUCCAGAAGAUACCGAGGAUUAUAUAGAAUAUUUGACCUCUAUUGAGAGGUUAGAUGAAGCAGCUGUAAAACUAGCAUACAUCGUCAACAAGGAAGAUUUUGUGUCGAAACAUGGAAAAUCAAACCACCAGUUGUGGAAUGAGUUGUGUGAGCUGAUAUCCAAGAACCCUGAUAAAGUGAGAUCACUGAACGUAGAUGCUAUAAUCCGAGGAGGGUUAAGAAGGUACACAGACCAACUCGGCCACCUGUGGAACUCAUUGGCUGACUAUUAUGUGAGGAGUGGACUUUUUGAGAGGGCAAGAGACAUCUAUGAAGAAGCCAUCCAGACAGUAACGACAGUGAGAGAUUUCACACAAGUGUUUGAUGCUUACGCUCAGUUUGAAGAGUUGAGUCUGAGUAAAGUCAUGGAGGAAAUGUCUUCCAAAACCAAUCCAACUGAAGAAGAUGACGUGGAGGUAGAGAUUCGGCUGGCAAGGUUCGAACACCUGAUUGAGCGACGGCUGUUGCUGCUCAAUUCUGUCCUUCUGAGACAAAAUCCACACAACGUUCAUGAAUGGCUCAAGAGAGUCAAACUGUACGAAGGGAAGCCACAUGACAUAAUAAAUACGUACACAGAAGCCGUACAAACUGUUGACCCCAAACUAGCCGUGGGUAAGCCGCACACUCUGUGGGUGUCAUUUGCCAAGUUCUACGAGGCGGCUGGACAGAUAGAAGACGCCAGGGUAGUGUUGGAGAAGGCGACGUUGGUGCCUUACGUCAAGGUAGACGACCUUGCGUCUGUGUGGUGCGAGUGGGCCGAGAUGGAGAUCAGACACGAGAACUAUGACGGAGCACUACGUUUGAUGCAGAGAGCCACAGUGAUGCCAGCGCGCAAGGUGGCAUAUCACGACGAGACAGAAACUGUUCAGAUGAGAGUGUACAAGUCACUCAAACUGUGGUCCAUGUACGCCGACUUAGAGGAAAGCUUUGGCACAUUCAAGUCCUGCAAAUCCGUGUAUGAUAGAAUCAUUGACUUAAAGAUUGCAACACCACAGAUUAUUAUCAACUACGGACUCUUCCUUGAAGAACACAACUACUUUGAAGAAGCUUUUAGAGCUUAUGAGAAAGGCAUAGCUCUAUUCAAAUGGCCCAAUGUGUACGACAUUUGGAACACUUAUCUGACAAAAUUUCUCAAGAGGUACGAAGGCACGAAGCUUGAGAGGGCUCGAGAUUUAUUUGAGCAAUGUCUAGAAAACUGUCCGGCUAAGUUUGCCAAAGCCCUGUACCUACUGUAUGCCAAGCUGGAAGAGGACCAUGGCUUGGCCCGGCAUGCAAUGGCAGUUUACGAGAGAGCCACUGCGGCUGUACUACCUGAAGAACAGUUUGAGCUAUUCAACAUCUACAUCAAGAAGGCAGCGGACAUCUACGGAGUGCCUAGGACGAGGCAGAUCUAUGAGAAGGCCAUUGAGGUGCUGCAAGAAGAGAACUGCAGAGAGAUGUGUCUCAGGUUUGCUGAGAUGGAGACAAAGUUAGGAGAGAUAGACAGAGCCAGAGCCAUUUACGCACACUGCAGCCAAGUGUGUGACCCCAGGGUGACAGCUGAUUUCUGGCAGACGUGGAAAGAGUUUGAGGUUCGUCACGGGAAUGAAGACACGAUGAGAGAGAUGCUCAGGAUAAAACGCAGUGUACAGGCUACAUACAAUACUCAGGUGAACAUGAUGUCAGCACAAAUGUUGUCGGCUGCCAGCAAUGUAUCUGGCACAGUGGCAGACCUGGCCCCUGGUGCCAAAGAUGGAAUGCGUAUGCUGGAGGCUAAGGCUGCUGAGAUGGCCGCUGAGGACAGGACAGCACAAGUGAAGGGUGGGAACAUUCUCUUUGUACGGGGAGAGACGCAGGGCCAGGAUCGUGAUGGGACGGACACCACUAGAGUCCUCAACCCUGACGAGAUCAACAUUGAUGAGGAUGACCACGACGUCAACGAUUCGUCUGAGGAAGAAGAUGAUGUCCCUGUGGAAAAACAAACUAUUCCUUCUGAGGUGUUUGGCAGUUUGAAGAAAGAUGAUGAAGAUUCAAGUUAAUAAUAUUGUCAACUUCCUUGUCAACUAAUAUAACAUUUAAUAUGUCAA